GGCGAAUCACAGCUGUUCAAUCCCAGCGCUGGAGGCUGCGGCUGGGAGCUGAGCGCGGAGGAGGAGGAGGAGGUGGAGGUGGUGGGGCGCCUUUCCCCCCCUUUUUUUCCUUCUUCCCCUCCCUCCCCUUUCCCAGCGCCGAUCCUGACGGCGGCCAAUCAACCCACCUUUUUCCGCCAAAGCUGCCGAGCGAAACAAAAAGUUGCACGGGAAUCGCCGCCGCGGCGGGUUGAAAAAAAAGCCGGACUUACAAAAGAAAAGCAAAGAAAGAGGCGCAGAGAGUUAUUCUUGUUAUUAUUUUUUGUGUUUUAAAACCCAGCGAAAGAUUUUCCCCCUGAAGGGGGAAGGGGGCACCGCAGCAGCAGCAGCAGCAGCUCAAUCCGCCCUCGCAGGAUUUUCCUUCCUUCUGCCAGCGGGGUUACUGGCCAGGAAAGCGAAAUCGGGCAAGUUGCCUUGUCCUGUUUCUCUUUUUGCUGUUUGCCUAGAGCUGCGGUCUCCGUUAGAGAGAAGGGGAAAGCGGCGGCGGCGGCGGCGGCAGCAGGAGGAGGAGGAGGAAGCAGAGCGGCCGCAGCCUCGUGUGCGCGGGUCUCCCUCGCCUGCUUUGGCUCGGCGGCUCCCGGGCUCGGCGAAGAACGGAAGAAGAAAGUUUUCUUCGGACUUGGCUGGCCCCCCUGAGAAAGCCGAGGCCCUGGAGUGAGGCGACCAAGCGGCGAAACCACCUCCUUUCCCUCCCUCUCUCCGACCCGGAGGGGAGCCGUUCCCGCCGCUACACCGCGCGAUGGCUGCCGAGCUCAGCAUCGGCCCCGAGCUGCCCACCAGCCCCCUGGCCAUGGAGUACGUCAACGACUUCGACCUGAUGAAAUUUGACGUGAAGAAAGAGCCGCUCGGCCGAGCCGAUCGCUCGGGCAGGCACUGCACCCGCCUCCAGCCGGCCGGCUCGGUAUCUUCCACCCCCAUCAGCACCCCUUGCAGCUCGGUGCCGUCCUCGCCCAGCUUCAGUCCCACCGAGCAGAAGACGCACCUGGAGGACCUCUACUGGAUGGCCAACAGUUACCAGCAGAUGAACCCGGAGACGCUCAACCUGACGCCGGAGGACGCCGUGGAAGCUCUCAUCGGGUCCCACCAAGUGCCCCAACAGCUCCAGAGCUUCGAGAGCUUCCGGGCCGCCGCUGCCCAUCAUCACCAUCAUCCCCACCACCAUCAUCAUCACCAUCACCCGUACGGAGGGGUCCCCCACGAAGACCUGUCUGGCGCCGGGCACCCGCACCAUCACCACCACCCGCACCAUCACCAGGCCUCUCCCACCCCCUCCACUUCGUCCAGUUCCUCCCAGCAGAUGCAGAACACGCACCCUCCUCACCCUUCCUCCUCCGCCUCCUCCUCCGCCUCGUCUUCCAGCAGCGUGGAGGACCGGUUUUCCGACGACCAGCUGGUCUCCAUGUCGGUGAGAGAGCUCAACAGGCACCUGAGGGGCUUCACCAAGGACGAAGUGAUCCGCCUUAAGCAGAAGAGGCGGACCUUGAAGAACCGCGGCUACGCCCAGUCUUGCAGGUACAAGCGGGUCCAGCAGAAGCAUCACCUGGAGAACGAAAAGACCCAACUGAUCCAGCAGGUAGAACAGCUCAAACAAGAGGUGACCCGACUGGCCAGAGAAAGAGACGCCUACAAGCUCAAGUGCGAGAAACUGGCCAGCAAUGGUUUUCGAGAAGCCGGAUCCACCAGCGACAACCCGUCUUCUCCCGAGUUCUUCAUAACUUUAUCCUGGACUUUGCAAAACAAAGGGACGGGCACCGGACAAGCCAUCUAGAAUACCCACUUUGGAGUUCCUAAAAAAAAACAAAAACACGGAAGAACACAUGCGAGGGGGGAAGUGGACCAGUAGCCUGGAAAAGGAGCAAGGACAAUGUAUGCAGGUUUUUUAUAGAUUGCCUGCUUUGAAAAAGACAGAAUUGAGAUGGGACUUAACCCUGAGAGCUAGUAAAAUAGGAAAGGAAAUUAAAGAGAGAGAGAGAGAGAAGCCUCCUCAGUUUUAUUGCCUGCUUGAUUCUAUAGAAAAAAAAACAAAAAAAAUCUGCAUUAAAAAUAUUAAUCCUGCAUGCUGGACAUGUAUGGUAACUUCUAUUUUGUACCAUUUUCUUGUUUAAGAAUUUCGCAUGUCGUUGAUCAUCGACCAUACUUUUUUUUCCUGUUGUACUGUUGUUUGUUUCUUUGAAUAAGAAACUGUCACAAAUUCUAUAUAAAAAAAAAUCUUUUUACUUGCACAUGCAACUGCUUGUUCUAUCUCUCUAUUAGCUUUAUUUUUCUUUUUAAAAAAAAAAAAAUAUGGGAGCUCAAUCCACUAGGCACAUCUCCUGUGCAAGUUUCACAGAGAUCAAUGAGGCUUCUGCAUAAGAGAACAGCUGGGGUGGAUUGGGCUCUGUGUUAGCUUGUAAAUAACAGCCACACCACAUAAAAUCUGCACAGGGCGAAACACAAGAACAUUUCAGCAGGCUGGUUUUCAGUGAUCAUUUGUUGCAGAAAUAAUAACCUACAAAAAAAA